AUGCAUUGUACAGCUGUCAGUGGACCCUCUUUACGCGUUCGCGUGCAUUGUGAGGAAUGGUUUCACGCCCCUUUUGAUUUGUGCACAUUACCUAACCAUAAGGGCUCCACCGCGGGUUUUCGGUGGAGCUGUUCAUUCCUUUCCAGAAUUUCCCAAGGAGGGGCAAAGCGCAAUUGGAAGCUUGUGCGGGGCAGGGAACACCGUUGCGCUGAAACCAAGCAGGCGAGUCAGCCCCCCGUUUGGUGCCAUGUGCCUUGCAUCUUGUGCCUGGCGCGUUGCCGUGUUUGGCUUUCUGGAGGAAGCCAUCACGUGCACACAAUGAGGAGAAAUCACCAGCCCAGGCUCUGGAAUACCGCAUUAAAAUAAAUUGAAUCAAGAGCUUUCAAUUAUGGC